AAUGCUUCUUCAGUGGCGCUGUUCGCGAAGCUUGUGGAGGCGAGGAUCUGCAAGUCACGAGAGCGGCGGGUUGUAUUGUUGAUCACUCGUGCGAUCCCAGUGAAUCCCGAACUUAGUGCUCAUCAUGGCACGCCGCUAUGAUUCCAGAACGACCAUAUUCAGCCCUGAAGGUAGGCUCUACCAAGUUGAAUACGCCAUGGAAGCAAUUGGUCACGCCGGUACAUGCCUGGGCAUCUUGGCUUCCGACGGCAUCCUACUGGCCGCCGAGCGAAGGAACACAAACAAGCUGCUCGAUGAGGUCUUCACGGCCGAAAAAAUUUACAAGCUGCACGACGACAUGGCCUGCAGUGUGGCCGGCAUCACUUCGGACGCGAACGUGCUCACCAAUGAACUGCGUCAGAUUGCUCAGCGCUACCUGCUUCAGUACGGCGAGUCCAUCCCUUGCGAGCGCCUUGUCAGUUGGCUUUGCGACCUGAAGCAAGCUUACACGCAGUACGGUGGUAAGCGUCCAUUCGGUGUGUCAAUCCUCUACAUGGGCUGGGACAAGCACUAUGGUUACCAGCUGUACCAGUCCGACCCAAGUGGCAACUACAGCGGCUGGAAGGCGACGUGCAUCGGCAACAACAGUGCUGCCGCCGUCUCCAUCCUCAAGCAGGAAUACAAGGAAAACGAGAUGACACUGAAGGAUGCCCUGGCUCUGGCCAUUAAAGUUCUGAGCAAGACCCUCGACAUGACGAAGCUCACUGCUGACAAGCUCGAGAUGGCUACGCUGAUUCGAGACACGCGACGUAACAAGACGCGCGUCACCGUCCUGCCUGUGUCGGCGGUCGAGAAGCUCAUAAAGAAGCACGAAGAGGAGGAGGCCAAGCUGGAAGCUUCCAAGAAAGAAAAGGAGCGCGAGAAGCUGCAGGCUCGAAGCUAGGCGACCAUGCUGCCCUAUUCCUGGUCAUGUUUCACAACACUGCUAUUAAAUGGCCCAUUUCUGGAGUUAAAACGUAGCCUUGUAUCCGUCAAGGUCAAGUAUUUUCGUUGCCUGUCGAGAUUUGCAGCAGUGCCUGCACAGUGACACAGCACUUUCAGCUUAAGGCCGCAAGUGCUGUCGCACGAAUACUUGUAUACCAAUUCCGUCAUUCAGUAGCUAAACACUACUUGCGAGGAGUCAUUUCCGAGCUAGAUAAAAAGAUACAUUUACCUAUUAAGGCAACCUACGAGGUAACAUCAGCCAUGUUCAAAAAAUAAAAGUAGGUGCUUCCCC